UAUUCCAUCCUUGGUUAAAAGAGGAGGUGGGAAAUAUGAGUAUGGAAAUUGAACCGCCAUUACAUGUAAGGUACUAUGCGCUGAUGAAAGAGGAAAGUGAGAGUAAAAAUGGGAGAUGGGUAGGGGAAGAAGAAGAGAGGGAAGUAGUGGAGGAAUGUGAGGAAGAAGAAGAGCUUCCAGUGAUUGAUUUAGGGCUUCUAAAAAUGGGGAAUUCAGAGAGGGAGAAGUGCAUAAGUGAGAUGGUUGAAGCUGCUAGGAAUUGGGGUUUUUUCCAAGUGCUCAAUCAUGGGGUUCCAGAGAGGGUAUUGAAGGGCAUGAUGUAUGAGCAAAAAAAAGUGUUCAAUCAACCAUUUGCAAAGAAAAGUUUGAGCAAUGUUCUUAAUUUGGCUGGAACUUACCGAUGGGGUAACCCAGUGGCCAUGUCUCCAAGUCAAAUCUCUUGGUCUGAAGCUUUUCAUAUGGCUGUUUUGGAGGUUUCAAACUUGGAGGAGCAUGUCACCCUCAGACCCACAAUGGAAGCAGUGGUGAAGAAGUUUGGGAGGUUAGCAGAGAGCAUAGCGGAGAUUUUAGGGCAAAGUUUGGGCAUAAAAGCGUGCUAUUUCAAGGAAAGGUGUGAGAAAGGAAGGAGCAGCUUUCGAUUGAAUAGAUACCCACCUUGCCCAUUUGCAUCUCAAGUGUAUGGCCUCAUUCCUCACACAGAUAGCGAUUAUCUCACAAUACUCUACCAAGCUCAAGUCAGUGGGCUGCAGCUCAUGAAAGAUGGAAAAUGGUUCGCUGUUAAACCAAACCCAAAAGCUUUGCUUGUCAACAUCGGUGACUUAUUUCAGGUUGUGAGCAAUGAUGCAUUUAGGAGCCUCAAACACAGAGUGGUUGCUUCUGAAGCAGUGGAAAGAUUUUCAUUCGCAUAUUUCUAUAGCCCAUCUGAUGAUGUGAUGAUUGAGAGUUGCACAAAGCCAAGCAUUUACAGGCAAUUCAGCUACAGAGAGUACAGACAACAAAUAGAAAAAGAUGUAGAGAAAACAGGCAACAAAGUAGGGCUUCCAAGGUUCUUCUUGCACAACAUGUUGCCUCAUUUGGGUCAAUGACUCAAGUGUCUAAUGUCUAUUCUAGGGGCUCUACCUAGCCAUCAUACAAAAAUAAUCCAAGUAGGAGGCUUAGAUUUGGGUGUGUUUUGUAUCAAAUAUAUCGUUUCAAUAUUAUAAUGUUGUUGUCUACUUAAAAAUCUCGGUCCAUUAAUAUAAGCAGAUAUAUACGUGGUAAUACUGAGAUGUAAAACUCCACAACAACUAAGGAUUUAUAUAUUAA